AUGACGGCAAGUAGUAGAGGUAGCAGAGCUGCCAUUGCAAUUAUACGAUCAUCACGCCCACACCUCUCCACCCCCUUCACAUCAAUAUCACCACGAGCCUACGCAACAGCAGCCACAGGCCUGAAAACUCUCACCCCAGAACCAAACUCCCAGCUGCACCACCUCUCAUCCAUCCUCCCCGUCACCUCCUCCGCCAGCCAAUACACCACCAAAGCAGGCAUCCUGCUCAGCCGCCCACCGCUCCUCACCCGACCCAACACCCCGUUCGAAGACGCCUAUUUCUUCUACCAGAAACGCCUGCAUGAGCGCCUCGCCCUGCCCUUCAGCCGCUACUUCUACUUUAAGAGCGACACGCCGGCCGACGUGCUGUACAAGAGCCAGGCGAAGGAGAGAGGUGGCGCGGCGGCCCGCGAGUUGGGCGGGUAUACGGGGUAUGGGGACACGGCGUGGAAUGAUGAGUUGCUUGUGGGGGAUAAAACUAGCUCGUCGGCUCAUAAGAUUGAUGUGCUGAUCAAAGAUGGGAGUGUGAAGACGGAGGAUGAGUUGGAUGACGAGCUCGGCGUGCAGGCGUUGAAGAGGUAUACGAAGGCUGAUAAAACGCGGGAUGUGAAGGCGUUGGAUCGGAAGUUGAUGCGCACGCUGUAUUUGGUUGUUAAGAGUGAGGAGACGGGGAAGUGGGGAUUUCCGGAGGGUGAGAUUGUAGGGAGGGAGAAUUUGAAUCAGGCAGCAGAACGCAUUCUUGUCCAAUCGGCCGGCUUGAACAUGAAUACCUGGAUCGUAGGCCACGCCCCCAUCGGCCACUACGUCCAGCCCCCUCCCGCGCCCACCAUACCAGGUUCCAAGACCUUCUUCAUGAAAGGCCGCAUAAUGACCGGCCAGGCAGAUUUGACUGGGAACCAGUACGGGUUGGAGGAUUUCAAGUGGUUGACGAGAGAGGAGCUGCAGAAGUGUCUGGGGAACAAGUAUUUCAGCAAUGUGAGGAAUAUGCUUGCGGCCCGGUAG